ACGGUUUAGGGCACAGGCUAGACGAGUUAGUUGUGAUAUAUAAUACUAUAGAAGUUUGAUCAUCUGCAGUCUGUGGAGUGACACUACACUGACGCUCGACGGGGAAAAUAACCUGUGAUAAUGAAAGGUAACCGAAGGUGGUCUAACUUUCUCCCGUGCACGCACACGGAGUUCUGUAACAGCGAGGGACUCCAUUUUCGCGUCAGUCUGGGAGUCGUACUAGGUCUAUAUACGAAUCCUGUAAUCAGCCGGUGAUCUUCUAGAGUCCAUAAACAGUUUGGGUGUGUGAAUCAUCAUCAAACUGCAACAGUACAUCGUCCAUAAUGGUUGAGGAAAUUUCAGGAAGUACGAGAAGAAAUUAAGUUACAGGCGAAUUGCAGCUAGACAAAUUCAUCCCAAGAGAGGACCAAUAUCAUUGAUUGAGCCAGCAUCGUGGAUCUUCAAUCUGCACCAAUCGUGCACCAGUGGGAAAGAGUGACAUGCUGGAAUAACAGUCAUUAGACAUUGAGUUUAUAGCUUUUUAUGUCCCAAAAACUACUCUGCCUCAGAUAUUUUAACAUGAUUUGGGUGACGUGAAUGCAGAAAGGCACACAGCUGCAGGGUGUAUGUAUUAAAAAAUCAACCCAGUUCGCGAAGCACAAACGUCUGCAACGGUAUUCACAGAAAACAGUUGAGAUCUGAAUACCUCCCGUGAGUGCCCUAAAACGAAAUCUGUGAGGAUACUAAAGUGUCACAUGGUGCGGAGUUUGCUGCCACACAUGACGUUUGGUAGUACAGCGUCGAGGCUUCGGUCAUACGUGUACUCCAAUGUGUGUUCAGUUCACAGCCGAUGAUUCAUUGUUUUACACUGAAUACAAUACAGGUUUUCAACAACAACAACAACGACAAGUUUUACAUAGACUAUGGUGUAUUUUACGAUGAUGAUGUAAGUUUAACGAAGACCCGGAUGAAGGUCUUGGUGUAAGGGCUGUCUGGCUGAGUUAUAUGUAGAAGAUGAAUGUGGUCCAGAACCAUUGGCAGCCCAGAGUGAUCCGCAUUGGGUUCCCACUGACCACUAAGACGAAUCAAGAUGGGAUGGACUCGAACAGAUUUUCCAGAUCUUUCCCGAUUUUAGCUGUGACCCGGAGCAAAACUAUGCCUUAUGUGACAGUGUCUGAGGCAAUAGGCCCCAGAAAACAGACAUUUCGCCUAAAGCCGUCCUCCUCACAUGGAUAUAGCAGAGAGAAACUCGCCAGGUCUUCGUCGGUUUCCCACCGUUCGACUAACGGAGAUGCAACGUCCAAAAAUGAUGUUUCCGAAAGUGAUCAACAAAACAGUGAGACACCAAGAACGUCGUCUCUUCCAGUAUGGCCUGUGACCAACCUAUCCACCAUAACUAAAAUGGCCGAAAAUUCGACCAAAGUCCUGCCGAAGCCCAAGCUGAACUUAGAAUGGUCGGGUUGGAAGAGGCCACGUAGAACAUCAUUCCAGAGUGGAAGUAGUCGGGAGGCGAGAUCUGCAAAUAGCCAAAGACCUAACACAACGAAGUCCGCUCAAGACGAAAACCCCAAAAUCAUGGUAAGAGUUAAACCUCCUCCAAGAAGCUGCACCCCAAUGUCUGAGUACGACCCAGAUAAGCUAAAUAUCAAACAAGUGGUGAAGUUUCUGGACACCCAGGAUGAGGGACGCCCAAAACCAAGAUCUCGAUCCAAUUGUCAAGUGUCAAUUUCGCGUCCUCGUCCCUUCACGGUAGCUCAUACGGACGGUAAACACGUGGGUCGUGGUGUCGUGUCCGCACAGUCGGAGCGUAAUACUGGAAUCAGCUCCAGGCGUUCUCCCAUAGCGGCACGGCGCUACAUGAGGUCAGCGAAAAUCCGGGAAGCAAAGGACCGUUCUUUAUCUGUGUCACCGCUUGGAAUGACGGAUAAAGGACGUAGGAAUCGGAAAGAUUGGCGGUACAGUAAGAAAAUGGACACAUUAGCUUCUAUAGCAGCGAGAUAUAACCCGAAAGCAGACGAUGCCAAACCUGUAGAAAAAGAUCCCGAGUCCAGGAAAGAAGAGAGUCUUUUGUCCUACAGAGAGACAACUAACUCUUCACCAGAACAAUAUUUUGGAAAGUUAAAAUUUCAGUCUGCUACGUUUCAGUCUUUCCCGACGAACAAAGUUGACAAUGCCAUUACGGAAAAGGUCGUGAACGGAAGAGCAGACGACAAAGUGGAAACCAAUGAAAAUACCGUACACCACAACAAAGACUAUGAUGACACCGGAAACCAGAACUCAUUGACCGAGCUGGCAGACGUCAACCUUUCAGCAUUCAACGCCGUCAACGCUAUUCGUCUACCAAGUGUCUUCGACAAUGUGGAUGGCGAGUCAGAAUGUGGAUGGACGUCUGGAAUCGUUCCGCUUACGAAACAGUUCGAAGGCUUCGGGGUGUAUGGUCAAACGGACCAGGAUCAAGAAGUGUCUAAUUCCGAAUGUACCUCACGGUCCACAUCUCGACCAACAUCAAGGGAGAAAAACAGACACAGUCGAAAUUUGUCUCUUGUUCUCGCGCGGGAAAAAUCGACAGAGAGGUCAUUUUCACCUGACCGUAAAAUCAAAUUUCGCCAGACUGGAAACUGGGUGAAAAACUGUUUCCGUGAUCACAAAGGGAAAAUUAUUGAAUUAAAACUAACUCAUGGAUCACCGCCAUCGUAAUUGUAUGUCAUACAGUGCUUAUGUGGACAAUUUUUCAUCAUAUCCUAUGUAAACUGAAAAACAAGAGAAGUAAAUACUUUAUUAUUCAAUAGUUUACAUGCAUUGCAUGCGACUGUUCCUGAAGAAUGCGAUAGUAUAUUUAUUAUAUGCAUAUUUCCAUUAAAAAGCAUAAUUUUACAAGCACGAGGCCUUUAAACGGGAUCGCGUGUUUUCUUAAAUAAACCUUACUGACGUUAGAGGGCCUCCGUGGCUGAGGUGAUUAACACGCAAGCACGGCGCAAU